AUUUAAAGUUACGAAACGAAGUCAUGUCAUCAAGCUCCAGCACGGUCACCGGAGACGAGAAGCUCCGGCAGUCAGAGGCGGCGAUCUCCGGUAACCUAACAGCUCCAAACAUGAGCACGGAGGCCAUCCCAUUUUCCUCUGGAAACCCUAGAAUAGAAGAGACGCGUGGAGUUAUGCAUCUCUUCUCCAAUGACGCUGUUUCCACCCUUCCGGUUGAAAGAAAACCUCUUGUGUGUGUGCUAGGGGUGCCGAACCACAUGACAUACGCCGAUUUCUGUCAGUUUUGUGCUUCAUUUAUCCAUCACAUAUUGGAGAUGAGAAUUGUCAGGAACGAUGGAAUGGAGGAUCGCUAUAGUGUUUUGAUACGAUUUGAUAGUCAAGACUCUACAGAUAAAUUCUGCAGGCAUUUUAACAACAGACAAUUUAAUUCUCUUGAGGAAGAAGCUUGCCGUGUGCUUUUUACAGUGGAUGUGCAGUUCACGGGCUACACUGGUUCUGUUGACCAUGUACAGUCUCCCCCUGCAAGUUCAACUGAGCAGCCUUCAUGUCCAGUUUGUCUUGAGAGAUUAGACCAGGAAGCAAGUGGAAUUCUCACAACCAUCUGUAAUCAUUCCUUUCAUUGCUCCUGUAUUUCAAAAUGGACAGAUUCUUCUUGUCCAGUAUGCCGAUAUUGCCAGCAGCAGCCUGAAAAAUCAACAUGUUUCAUAUGUCAAACUUCUGAGAAUCUUUGGAUUUGUGUCAUUUGUGGUUUUGUUGGCUGUGGAAGGUAUAAAGGUGGACAUGCUAUAAUACAUUGGAAAGAAACACAACACUGCUAUUCUCUUGAAUUGGAAACACAGCGUGUCUGGGAUUAUGUUGGUAACAAUUAUGUCCACCGACUAAUUCAAUCCAAAACUGAUGGUAAGCUGGUUGAAUUGAAUUCACAUUGUCUGCAUGCUAAUGAUGGCUGUGGGAGCUGUGACUGUGUAGAUUCUGGAAUUAGUGAGGCUUUUUUGAGCUGUGAAGCUGAGUUUUUUUUUUCUCAGAUUGUUAAUGAAUACAAUGAACUACUUCGCACCCAGCUUGAGAACCAAAAAUUUUAUUUUGAGUCUUUGCUUCAACAAGACAAUGAAGAAACAGAGAGAGCAAUUGCAGAUGCCGUUAACAAGGCUGCCAUGCAAAAACGACAGAAAAUUCAGGCUAAGCUCGAAAGAUGUGUGAAGGAAAAGAAAUUUCUAGAGGAUCUCAAUGAGAAUCUUUUGAAAAACCAGGAGAUAUGGAAAGCAAAGCUAUUGGAAGCUGAAGAGAGGGAAAAGAAGGCUUUGAGGAUGAAGGAUGAAAAAAUCCAGGCCUUGGAGGAACAGCUUAGAGAUUUGAUGGCACAGCUUGAAGCAGGGCAGACAGUUGAGCAGUUGUCAAUAUCAAAUGAAAUUAAUGAUAGCACUGUCUUGCCAAUAUCAGCAGAGCAUUCUUUGGUGAAGGAAGAAAAAGAUCCUAAAAAUGAAACAAGCAGCUAAGGAUGGAUGAACAAUGAUAAAAGCUACUUCCAGAAAAUAGUCCUUGUGUAUGAAAUUAUGAAUUCCUUGUUCCUCUACAAGUCUGAGGUUUUUGGUUUUAGGUUUCAGAUUAAUCAGUAAUUUUUGAGUUUUCUCUAGAGAACUAGCUGUAAAAAGUUGAGGGUUAAAAGCUAAAGAAAGAAUUAGAGCAAAUAUGAGAUGAUUGUGCGCAUAAACACAUCUUUUGAUGCAAAAAUUCCAAAAUAUUCUCAUUAAUGCUCUUUUGUUUUUCAUAUUUUCCAUGUUUCAUAGUCCCGCCUGGCACAUCAGAAGCCAAAAGGAUUUGAUUUAACCCAACGGUGAAAUGCUGGAACUUCAGUCCUGAGGAGCAAAACAUACUUUGAUCAUGUGCUCCCGUUUUCUAGUUCUUGGAUUUGUUUUCUCUUAGAGAAAUAAGUUACUAGUAACUAAAGCGUAAAUAGAAAUUACUAGAAAAAACUAAUAUCCCUGGAUAAGCCUAUGUUUGGCAAUUGCCCGUAGCAUCUCAAAAUCGGAUCAACGUUUAGAUUCGCUGAUUCACUGGUUUGUUCGACUAACUUAAAAACUAUUUGUAAGGUUGAUU